UUCCCUUUAACUCACACGCAUAAAUAUUACCCCCAUAUAUAUAUAUAUAUAUUAACAAUCAACAAUAUAUAUAUAUAGGAACUUAAGUGAAUUUACCCGCCAUCACUUUCUCCCACCCUUUUUACACACACCGGCCCGCUUUCAAUGUCUUCCGAUUCAAGAAAGACCACACCCGAAAUGUUCAUCCCAAGAUCAAGGCCUAAGAAAAAUCGAAAUCGUGUUAAUGUAGCUACAAAUCGAGAUACGAUGAUCACCAAUAGUACUCCUGAUUCAAGCCCCAUUGUGGUGAAACAUAACAUGUCGCCCGAAGUAGUAAUCACACCACGAAAAGUUCCGGUUUUGUAUUACCUUGCUCAAAAUGGUCACAUUGAACAUCCUCAUCUUAUUGAUGUUCCUUUAUCUUCUCCCCAUGGUCUUUAUCUUAGAGAUGUUAUGAAUACAUUGAAUUAUCAUAGAGGAAAAGGAAUGGCAAAUAUGUUUUCAUGGUCUGUUAAGAGGAGCUACAAGAAUGGAUAUGUAUGGCAUGAUUUAUCAGAAGACGAUUUGGUUGAAGCAACAAACGGUCAUGAUUACGUGCUUAAAGGAUCAGAGCUUCUCCAAACAAAUCCGACUGAGACAACUCUCAGCGCUGACCAUGAAGAAAAUUCUACAACAGCUGCAGCUAUGAUCAGGCGACGGAAUCAAUCAUGGAGCUCGUUCGACAACCCACAAGAAUACAUGGUGGUGAAAUGUGAAUCCAACAGAGAACUGGCAGCAAAGUUUGCUGCAGAUGCAGCAACCCAGACAGACGAGCAGAGGAGGCGACAGAGUUUCGAGUUAGGAAGGAAGGAACCCGUGACGAUGGGAAGUGAAGAGAUGCCUUCUCCACCACCUUCUAACUCGAGCUCAGAAGUGUCUGAGGGGGUGAGUGGACAACGAGAAGUUGAUCAACAGCAGGAUGAUAGCGGACGGAUGAAAGCUUCUCGCGUUCUGAUGCAGUUGAUUGCGUGUGGGGCGCCAUCUCGGUUAAAGAUGCAAACCGGGUAAGUAGUAAGGUAUGCACCAUCCAGGGUGCAGAAUCAAGGCAACACCAAAUGAAUAAAUAUAUAUGUAUGUAUCAUCAUAUCAACAUAUAUGUAAUUAACUUCGUGUUUAUAUGAUGAAAUUUACUGUUUCUAUA